GACAUAGCCUCUGGAUGCGGACCGUGUUCUAAUUAAUUUAAUUUACUUUAAUGUUCUUUCCUGUUCUUCAAAUAAUUUAUUACAACUUACCAUUUUAUACUGCAUUUUACCUGUGUUAAUUGUUUGUUAAUCAACAUGAGUGACGGGUUGAACGAGGACCGAGAGCGCGUUCCGUGCCUGAGCUCAGACAGCGACCGCACGAUGUGGGGAUCACAGCGCCGCGUCCUCCUGGACGUCCUGCUGGCCUGCUGGGGCGUAGGCACGUGGCUGGGCGUCAACGGACUCUUCGUCCAGCUGCCGCUGCUAGUGGAGCGGCUGCCCGAGGGCUGGGCGCUGCCUUCGUCCAUGGUCUUAGCUGUACAACUGGCCAACUUGGGUUUAGUGGCUUACGCGCUGUUGCGCCGGCUCCGACCGCGAGCUUCCGACUCUCCCUACAUAUACGGAUUGCUAGUUGUGGGAACCCUCGCACUUGCACUCAAUGCCUUCCUUUACGAGCAGACUGUCGCAAACCGCUCCCUCGCGUUCCUCUUCUUAACUUUCUUCGCGGCGCUCGUAGGAUGUACGAGUUCUGUUUUAUUCUAUCCGUACUUGAGGCACUUCCGCGAAGUGUAUCUCGCGACGUAUUUAGUCGGCGAAGGAUUGAGCGGAUUCAUCCCGGCUAUCUUAGCUUUGAUUCAGGGUAUCGGCGGCGAGCCCACGUGCAUACUUAACGAUGAAGGUACAGGGUUAGUACCGGUCUAUCCGCCGCCGCGAUUCGACACGACCGUGUUCUUAGUGCUGUUAUCAGGCUUGUCAGCGAUGAGUUUGGUCAGCUUCGUAAUAGUAGAUCGAUACAGUGGGUUCGCAUCGGAGCGUGUGGAACCUGCCGCCGCCGCUAAGGAUGAUGAAGCGACAUCGGAGCCGGUAGCGCUUCAUCGCGGACGUUGGCUUUUCGUGUUGGUUCUCAUGGCAGUUCUCAACGCGCUUUCAAACGGGGUUCUUCCGUCCGUGCAGUCAUACUCGUGCAUGCCGUACGGGAACUUGGCGUACCACCUGGCGGUGACGCUGGGCGCGAUGGCGAACCCGGGGGCGUGCCUGGCGGGGGUGUGGCUGGCGCCGCUGCCGGGCCGCGUGCUGGCGGCGCUGCUGUCGGCCGCGGCGGUGCCGCUCGCCUACAUCCUGGCCACGGCGCUGCUCAGCCCCGAGCCGCCGCUGUACCACCAUGCCGGCGGGGCGGUUUUAGUGGUGGUGGCGUGGACGCUGGUGAGCGGGGUGGUGUCGUACGCGCGCAUGUGGGUGUACGUGUGGGCGCGGCGGGGGGGCGCGCGCGGCAUGCGGGCGGCGGGGGUGGCCACGCAGGCGGGCUCGUCGCUCGGCUCGGUGCUGCUCUACCUGCUCGUCAACCACGCCGGCAUCUUCACGCAGCCGCCCGCCUGCCCGCCGCUCAGCUAGUAUCGAGACUGUAACGUUGAUGGCCACUAAUUAUGUUUGGGUUGAUGGUGCUUGAUUUAAACUUGUAGUUCGUAGAAAGCUUACGACGCUGGAUGUCAAUGAAA